UCUAAUCUUUUUAAGUGGGAGAACUUGCACAAUUGGUGGCUGACUGUAUAAGUGAUGUUAGUUAAUACCCUUGAAAACUUUCCCAAAUAAUCAUGUUUGAAAGAGCGUGAGUGUGUAUGUCAGGUAAAUAGUAAUAGAAAUGGUAGAUACUACUGUACCCCUUGAUCAUUUGGUCAGAUAACCGUGUGUGUGUGUGUGUCUAUGUGUACAGUAGGUGACAUGUCCAUGAUAGCUAUCUAAUAACUAUAGUUAUGCUAGGUAAUGGUUUGGCUUAUCAUGUUCAUGUCUAUGUAGAAGAAGACUGUAGGAGGAAGUGGAGAGGACUCAGGGACAGGUAUCAGAGAGAGAGAAGGGCAGAGAAAGAGAAGAAGAAGUCCAGGUCAGCAGCUUCAGGCCAGCAGCCUUGGAGCUUCUGCCACAUUCUUCCUUUUCUGGAUCCAUUUAUUGUGCCUAGGACAACGAGUGGCAAUUUUACAGCCAGACCCUCUACUACUUCAUCCACAAGUGUUAUCGCCACUGGUGCAUCAAGACCCUUAAUUUCAUCAACAAGUGCGACCAUCGCCUCCACCGGUGCAUUGAGACCCUCUACAACGUCUACAUCAUCCACAAGUAUGACCACCACCGGUGCAGCCAUGGAAGAUGAUGAAAUGGAGGAAGCACCUCUGAAUCUAGGACCACCUGAGAUAAUUAUGAACCUCACGGAAGUGACCACUGAGGACUUCGUUGAACAGGAUGUGGCCGUGGAGACAAACGAGGAGAGAAACAGAGAGAGAAACGAAGAGGAACAACGUCACACCAGGCAUCAUCGGAGGUACCAGCCCCCAGAUCCACUCAAUUCAUUUCAACAGAGGCUCCCCCAAGCCAUCGAGGGGGAUGCAGCCCAACCUGAUGCACACAGGAAGGAGGAUGAAGAGACCCUCUUUGCCAUGAGCCUGGUGCCAACACUGAAGAGGCUGCCUCAGCAAAGAAAAGCAGCAGUCAAGGUUAAAAUGUAUCAGCUGCUUUUUGAAGCCGAGUUCAAUGAGAUGGAGUCAAUUUAGCCGACCAGCUCACAGGAAGGACAGGAAGAGGAGAGGAGUUGUCUGGUUGUUGUUUUGACCUCCCUCAUUGUACCUUUCUUUUCACACACGUCAGAUCCCUUUAAAUUCAGUCAAUUCAUAAAGUAAUUUGUUUAUAAAGUCUUAGGAUAGCAUUCAUUAUUAGUGUUACAUAGAUUUCUGAAUUGACAUAAUUGAAACUCAUUUCACAGAUGCUCUUGUUGGUCUCUUACAAGACUAAAGGUGAAUAUAUUUCAUUCAUUUAAAACCACUUGAAAACCAGGGUGUUGAAACUGUUUGUGAAGUUAUGUUCCAUCGACUGGUCCAUGACGUCCAGGGGCCAUUUGUUUGUUUAGCUGUGUUUUGUCUACACAUUAUCUUCUUUUUUCAGAGACAGAGACACACACACCUCUCCUCCACUCCUCUCUUUCCCUCAGAUCUCCAGUGCCCUGCCCUCUCUCUCUUUAUGGCCAUGUCUGAAGUUCCCCUACUACGUCUAGGCUUUAUGAGGUGUCCCUGUAUCUUUUAUUUAUUUUAUUUUACCUUUA